UUAAGAAAAACUCGUAAUUUAUUAAUGUUUUAAUAUGAAACGGCACGUGUAUCGUAAUUUAGUGAAACGCGAAUUUAAAAUUGAUUAAAAUCCAGUGGUUUUUAUGUCAAAGUUUCUUUUGUUCGGAUCGUAAGAUGAAUGUUAGUGUAUUCAGAAAGUUAUUAGUGAAGCAAGAUAGAGGACGGGCGUAAAGUUUUACAAAUGGAGAAAGGAUUAUAUGGAAACAUGACAUCGAACACGCUGAAGGUGGAGAACUGCUCGUCACACUGCACCACACCCUCAGACAGACAGGACAACAUCGUCUCCGUGAAGGUCGGCUUCAUCCACAUAAAUCCUGCUUCCAAACGAGGUCGCAGGAUAUUCCUGCUGCAGAUGCUGAUCGUGUGUUUCGUGCCGCACGUGGCGCUGCUCAUCCAGAAUUGCUCCAACAUGGCGCAGCUGUCACAGACCUUGGACUCCUCGCUAUAUUUAGAUACAGAGGUUAACACAAUUUUAUCGAUGGGGGAACUAAUAAUAAGCUUUCAAGACGAAAGACAUAUCAUAAGCGAUUAUCUACUAAAAACUACGACGAUAAACACGGACGCAUUACUAAGGAUGUUUACAACGACAGACAAUCGAUUGAAUAGUGUCCCGGAACAACAUAUACAAGACCACAUUAUGACGUUAUACCAUUUUAGGGAAGACCUCAUGAAUAUCAAGAGCUUAAAAACAGAAGCCUUCAAAAGAACAAGGAUAUAUGAAGAUAUCAAUGCAAAGCUGCUGGUCUUCGUAGCUAUGAAUGUGAAGACAACCACAUCUUCCUUAUGGAGACAGAUGUCAGCGUGUUCCGACCUUCUAAGAUCGAGAGAAGAGUUCUCCCUGGCACUAACCAUGCUGACAUACCACGAGACGAUUGGGGAACUAAGUCCUCUCACUAUAAGUACCAUACAAACGCACAUAGACUCUGGAAGAGACAGUUUGUCAUCCACUAUACAGUACUUGGAAACAGAGAAAGUUGUGAAGGAAGUCCAAGAAUUAAGUAGUAUUUUAAACUUUUUCGAUAACUUGAAGAGGUCUGUUAUAAGUCAAACUAGACUCGAACUGUCUGUGUCCAACAUGACAAAGUAUCUCUACACGGACACGGACGAGAGAUCGAUAUACCUUGAGAAGCUGAGGAUAGUACAACAAGACUUGUGGGUUAUUGUCGGGCAAUCUGGAAGGCAGGUGGUCUGGCUCGCUCGACGAACUCUUGGCAUCGGGGUGGCUAUACUAGCGCUCGUACUCCUGGCUUCACCCGUCAUGCUGCUCCUGCUGCGACACAUCGCCUAUACUAUACAGACAUUCACACACUCAAUCGAGCAGAGCACACAGAAACUGGUAGCAGAGAAGCAGAAGAGCGACCUCCUCCUGUCGAGGAUGCUGCCACUCCCGGUGCUGAGGAGCCUGAGGGCCCAGAGGGCAGUUCCCGCCGAGGCCUUCGACGCCGUCACCAUCUUCUUCAGCGACAUCGUCGGCUUCACCAACAUUUCUGCCAGUAGUACUCCCAUGGAGGUGAUAAACAUGCUCAAUAUGCUCUACAGGUUGUUCGAUGAGAAGAUAACUCAUUACGACGUAUAUAAAGUGGAGACCAUCGGUGAUGCCUACAUGGUGGUCUCUGGGUUACCGCAGAGAAACGGUAAAAGACAUGUAUCAGAAAUAGCAGAUAUGUCGUUAUCGUUGGUGCGGAGUCUGGAGGGUGCCUGCGUGCCGCACCGGCCGGCCGAGCCCCUCAUGAUACGCGCCGGCAUCAACACGGGGCCGUGCGUCGCCGGCGUCGUCGGGACCACCAUGCCGCGCUACUGCCUGUUCGGAGACACCAUCAAUACUGCUAGCAGGAUGGAGAGUACAGGCGAACCAAUGAAAAUUCACAUUUCAUAUUCAACGAAAUUAGCUCUAGAUGAUAUUGGUAAAUACGAAUUUGAAUCAAGAGGACCAGUAAAUAUAGCCGGUAAGGGUUGCAUGGAGACGUUCUGGCUGGUGCGGAAGAUGGGCGGCUUCAGGAGUGAGAGCCCUCAAGGACCACAGCUCCAAGACUACCACCACAACCUGAUGGAGUUGCUCAUUCGUUCCUAAUUAUUAUAAUUAUGAAUCUUUGAAAUAAAAUUUAUUUCAUGUU